AUGGUUCCAUCGCUGCCAGUGCGGAACCUGACAUCUACCGCUAUCACAAUAAAACGAGUUGAAAGAUUCCAAGAUCCGAAUACACUGCAAUCUAAGAAUACUGGGUACUCUUUCGGUUUAAAGGACACAAGAGUUAUAUCUCCAACAUCACCUCAGCUCGGUGAGCAUGCCCAAUCUUUCAAGCAUCAGGACCUGGACAUCACCCUGGCGCCAUUUGAGUCUUAUACUCUCCACCAACCAGGACCAGAACGAGAAGGAAACACUCCUGUAACGUCAAGUACAACAAUUCGCCUUACCAUUGAAACACCGGGAGGGGAACGCUACCGCAUCGACGCAAAUCCCUCAUACUCACAAAAGUCGUCGCAACCCUUGACCGCAUUAUCACCAGAUCCAUCAACAAGCUAUACAGCGCUCUUCCACCCCUCAAAGCCAGUAGCCCAUCUGACAAUUCAUGCCAAUCACCUGCCCAACUACGCGAAAUGGAUGGCCAAACUACCAGACUCACUCCCACUCUCAGCUCUCAGUAUCCCAGGAACACACAAUUCGCACACGCAUUACCGCGCCUUGCCGUCUGCGCGUUGUCAAGCCGUCGAUAUCAAGACGCAGCUAGACAACGGAAUCCGCUUCCUUGAUAUCCGCGUCCAACCCGUGCACGCCAAGGAUACAAGCAAGAAGGAUCUGUACCUCGUCCAUGGAGCCUUUGCAAUCAGUCUCACGGGGCAGAAGUACUUUGAGCCCAUACUUCAACAAUGCUACGACUUCCUCUCGGCCAACCCCACCGAAACUAUCCUCAUCUCCUUGAAAAGAGAAGGCGUGGGUUUCGCAACAGAUGAACAUCUCGCCCGUAUCCUUGACGAACACUACAUCGCGCCCAAAGCAUCGUGCUGGUACACAGACUCCAAGCUACCUUACCUGGGCGACGUCCGCGGAAAGCUCGUCCUGAUACGCAGAUACAACACAGCUACAACCGACACCACAGCACCCGGCCUCGACGCAACAGCCUGGCCCUCCAACCCCACCCAUGCGCUCUUCCCCCAGCCCACUUCCCCUUCCCACCAACACACCUUCUGCCUGCAAGACUUCUGCGAAGUCCUCAUCCCCGAAGCCAUCACGCAGAAAGUCCAGUACAGCAAUGAACAUCUCGUCCGCGCCGCAGACUGCGUCCACCACAUCCCCGGCGUCAACACGGAUAGGCUGAAUCCCGUGCCGCCGGGCCCGCUGUACUUGAAUUACUUGUCUGGGAGUAACUUCUGGAAGAGGGCGUGUUGGCCGGAUCAGAUUGCCAGCACGGUCAAUAGGAGUAUGGAGGAGUGGAUUUGUGCCGGCCAUCAUCUUGUGGAGCCGGAGGUGUCGCCGCGGCAUCCGGAUGAGAUGGUGGUGAGCGGGGAUGUUGGAGAAGGGGUGAGGAGGGCCAAGAGUGGAGAUGGGAGUACGGGCGUUGUGGUGAUGGAUUAUGUGGGUGAUCAUGGGGAUUGGGAUUUAGUGCGGUUGGUCGUUGGUAUGAAUAUGGGUGUGUUGAUGAAGAUGCAAGAAAAUGAGGUGGGUAGGUAG